CAGGAAGAGAAACAGGGAGUCCUCCACAGCACUAGAAAAACAUCCCAACUCACCAAUGACAGCAAAGCAGAUAUUGGAAGUCAUUCAGAAAGAAGGAUUAAAAGAGACAAGAAAUGGAACCUCUCCAUUAGCCUGUCUGAAUGCAAUGCUUCACACUAGCACUCGAAUAGGGGAUGGGACAUUCUUCAGAAUCCCGGGGAAGUCGGGCCUCUAUGCUCUCAGAAAAGAGGAAUCGUCGUGCCCAGCUGAUGGAACGUUGGAUUUAGGCUGUGAAUCUGAAUUAGAUGGCACCGAAAUGGCUGAGGCAAAUGCUAACGGAGAGGAAAAUGGAGUUUGUGCAAAGCAGGUAACUGAUGAAGCGUCUUCCACUCGAGAUUCAAGCCUUACGAACACAGCAGUGCAAAGCAAGUUAGUGUCUUCCUUUCAGCAACACACCAAAAAGGCCCUUAAACAGGCUCUGAGGCAGCAGCAGAAAAGAAGAAAUGGAGUCUCAAUGAUGGUAAACAAGACUGUUCCUCGUGUUGUCUUGACACCAUUAAAGGUGUCUGAUGAACAGUCGGAUUCGCCUUCAGGAUCCGAAUCUAAAAAUGGUGAAGCAGACAGUUCAGAUAAAGAAAUGAAACAUGGGCAAAAAUCUCCCACUGGAAAACAAACAAGUCAGCACUUAAAACGAUUAAAAAAGUCUGGUUUAGGACACUUGAAAUGGACCAAAGCGGAGGACAUCGACAUAGAAACCCCAGGGUCCAUCCUGGUCAACACCAACUUGAGAGCGUUAAUAAACAAGCACACGUUUGCUUCCUUACCUCAGCAUUUCCAGCAGUACCUCCUGCUUCUGCUCCCAGAAGUGGAUAGGCAGAUGGGAAGUGAUGGGAUUUUACGCCUCAGUACGUCAGCUCUAAAUAACGAAUUCUUUGCAUAUGCAGCACAGGGUUGGAAGCAGCGGCUGGCAGAAGGAGAGUUUACCCCAGAAAUGCAAUUACGAAUACGGCAAGAAAUUGAGAAGGAAAAGAAAACGGAACCUUGGAAAGAAAAAUUCUUUGAGAGGUUUUAUGGGGAAAAGUUGGGCAUGUCAAAAGAGGACUCUGUGAAGCUCACUGCCGGGCCCAACAGCGAUGGAGCUGAAAGCAGUUCCUCGUGUGGGACCUCUAGUCUUCCGGGUUCUUCUACGCAGACGCAAUUGGAAGAGCAACAGCCCCAAAGCGUGAAAAGCGCAGCUUCCCCAGAGCCUGAUUUCUGUGCAACACUUUGUCCUGUGGUGGAAAUUCCAGCUAAAGAUGUAAUGGCUGAAUCUGAGUCAGAGGAUAUAUUGAUCCCCGAAGAAUCUGUGAUCCAGGAGGAAAUUGCAGAAGAGGUAGAGACAAGUAUAUGCGAAUGUCAGGAUGAGAAUCAUAAAACAAUUCCUGAAUUUUCGGAGGAGUCAGAGAGUACCAACAACCCCCAGGAAGAGCCCCAAAUCUCCCCUGCUGAAGAAAACUUGGAAUCCUGUGUUAUGAUGAAUGACAUUCUGGAAACGUUUCCUCAGAUUGAAAUUAAGGUGGAAGACAAAUCAGAAUCUCUCCAGGAAGAAAUGUCCGUUGUUAUUGACCAAGUAGAAGUCUGUGACUCUAUCUUCCCUUCCACUGCAUCUGUGACUCAAGUCAGGGACCUGGAGCAGAAGGAGUCAGAAACUGCAGUAGAGACCACCGCUCCACAAACAGAAACAAGGUCACCUUUGCGAGGCCAGUUUCCAAAUGAAGGAAUUGGUGUAGACAUGGAGCUACAGAGUGACCCCGAUGAACAGCUUUCUGGAAAUGCUUGCAUAUCCGAAACGUCCUACUCUUCUGAGAGCCCAGAAGGAGUGUGUCCCAGCCUGACAUCUCCAGGGGGGGAAACACAGUCUACUUCUGAGGAGUCGUGUACUCCAGCCUCCCUGGAGACAGCAUUUUGCUCAGAGGUGUCCAGCACAGAAAACACGGACACGUAUAAUCAGAGAAAGCCCACUGAUGAAAACCUCCAUGCACCUUUGAUGUCAGAAAUAUCUCCAGUAUCCACUUCACCGGAAAUAUCAGAAGCAUCUCUUAUGUCAAACUUGCCUUUAACAUCAGAAGCGUCCCCGGUAUCAAACAUCCCUUUGACAUCAGAGACAUCUUCACUGUCUUCCAUGCUUCUCACAGCUGAGACCCCGUUUGUAUCCAGCUUGCCCCUUCCUUCAGAAACCUCUCCAACAUCUAAUUCUUCUCUGAGCGAGCGAUUGGAGCAUCAACAAGGAAAGCCGCCCUCCUUCUCUGAAGAACCACUCUCCUCACGGAAAGAGGACGCAGCCAGCCCAGUCAAGCCACUUGCAGAGAGCCUUCUUUCUCAGCAGAAGACUCUGCCAAAUAAUCCAGAGCCAAUCACAGUGGGUCCUCCUUCCAUUUCUCCGGAUGCAUUUCCUCUAGAAGAAUCGCACAAUAACGCCUUGAAUCAGCAGCUGUGUACGUCACAUGCUGAACCUGAGAAUGCCUGCCCUCCUGUUCCAGAGCUUCCUUCUCCAGAAAUGAUGAAAGGCAAAAAUCAUAGUGUCCUACAAAGAACGGAAAAGAAAGGUGUGUCCUCGGCAUUGGAGAUGUCCGUGUUUCCGGAAGAGGCAGAGCAUAAAGGAAGUGAGCCACCACCCUCAACCAAGUUACAAGACAAGCAAUAUCCUCCACCAGUAGAUAAAGUGCCAUUUGCAGAAGGCCCUAGGAAUCGAACACAUAAGCAAGGGAGCACACAGACUCGACCAGAGUCCUCCCACACCACCAAGUCCUCAGAGCCCUCCAUGUCACCCGACGGCAUACGGAAUGAGAGAGACUCGGAAAUAUCAAAGAGGAAAACUGCAGAACAGCACAGUUUUGGGAUCUGUAAGGAAAAGAGGCCUAGGAUCGAAGAUGAUCAGUCAACCCGUAAUAUAUCCUCCAGCAGUCCACCUGAGAAAGAACAGCCUCCCAGAGAGGAACCCCGGGUACCACCUCUCAAGAUCCAGCUUUCAAAAAUUGGACCCCCGUUUAUCAUCAAGAGCCAACCCAUCGCAAAGCCAGAGUCUCGAGCUUCCUCUGGCACAGCCGGUAGCGGUGGGAGAAACACAGGCGCCAGGACCCUUGCAGACAUCAAGGCCCGUGCCCAACAAGCAAGGGCCCAGCGAGAAGCUGCCGCUGCGGCUGCCGUCGCUGCUGCUGCCAGCAUUGUUUCCGGAGCUAUGGGGAGCCCAGGAGAAGGUGGCAAGGCGAGAACACUGGCACAUAUCAAAGAGCAAACGAAGGCCAAGCUCUUUGCCAAGCAUCAAGCCCGAGCCCACCUCUUCCAGACCACUAAAGAGGCUUGGCUGCCUCAGCUUAACUCCAAGGAAGGGACUCCAGACUUAGAGGUCUGUUCUGUCCCGGAGACAAAAAUGGAAGGUUCAACCGGCGUCAUCAUUGUUAAUCCGAACUGCAGGUCUCCGAGCAACAAGCCGGUACACCUCCGGGAGACCGCCACUGUAGUACCGCAGACGCUCAACCCACCGAAAGUUCCAGAAACUGCCACUGACUUAUCUGUGCAUAGUUCUGAUGAAAACAUACCUGUGUCACAUUUAUCUGAGAAAAUUGUUUCAUCUACCUCUUCGGAAAAUAGCAGUGUGCCCAUGCUUUUUAAUAAAAACACUAUCCCCAUGUCUGUCUGCAGCACUGCUAUGUCAGGAGCAAUUAAGGAGCAUCCCUACGUGGGUUCUGUGGACAAAUCCUCUGUCCUCAUGUCUGUCGACAGUGCAAACACAACCAUCUCUGCUUGUAAUAUAAGCAUGUUAAAAACCAUCCAGGCAGCUGACACUCCAUGCAUAGCCAUUAUACCCAAAUGUAUCGAAAACACUCCCAUUGCAGCCACGACAGAGAGCGCGAGCCUGUCCAGUUCCCUGGAGGAUAAGCAAUUGCUGAUACCACCGAGCAGCAAGGCUACUAACUUAGUCUCUGGUCCACACACCUCAGUGCCAACUCCCCCUGUUGGAAAUAAGUUGCCAAACCAUCUCUCCACUAGCUCGGUCUUGAUUCCUCCAACAGGAAUUAACAACCGGGUUCCUUCUGAGAAGAUAGCCAUGCCUGGGAGUGAAGAUCAGGCCACCGUAUCCAUGGGUACCACUGUGAGAGCGGCCCUCGGCUGCAGUGAUUCCGUAGCAGUCACAGACUCUCUGGUUGCAUGCCCACCCAUCGCGAUGUUUACUGGAAGCAUGUUCACCAUAAACUCAUACGAUCCUCCUUCCAAGUUAAAUGUUGAAGGCUUGGAGAAAAAUACAGGGCCUCGAGCCAGAGCCGAUAAUUCUGCAAAACCUCAGCAACCACCAGGGGGCUUUGCACCAGCAGCUGCCAACCGAUCCAUUCCUUGUAAAGUCAUUGUGGACCACAGCACCACCAUGACCUCCAGUUUGUCUCUGACCGUCUCCAUUGAAAGUGCCGAAGCCAGCCUGGACCUCCAGAGCAGGCCGGCGAGGACAGACGCACCCGUCCAAGCCGUGGCAUGUCCCCAGGUGUCGGUCAUCAGCAGACCAGAGCCAGUUGCAAGUGAAAGCAUUGACCACAGUUCCAGCUUCAUCGCCGCUUCCUCAGCGAAACAGGACUGUAAAACCUUGCAGGCCCCCUGCGCAAGUGGCCGAGAGUUACCCCUUGUGCCAGGCAACUUGAAUGAGGCUCCUGCCCCCGGUCACAGCUUUGCUGAGCAGGCACACGGACAUGGCCCGGCUACUUUCCAAAGCGAAGCAGACACAACCUGCAGCAAGCAGUACAGCCCAGGCAGCCGGAUUUGCUGGAACGAGGACGGAGUGCGCAGCGCAGCGCAGCCGCUGGUGAGCCACUCCGCUUCGAUUAAACCGAAAGACUAUCUCGAACCGAGCUGUCCAAAGGCGAUCAAAACCGAACACGCUAGCUACUCCCACGUGGCAGAGCUUCACCCCAGGAAUCUGAUAACAAACGCCCCCCUCCCUGUGAAAUCCGAGCCUCAUGAUGUGGCUAAGAGCUUUAGAAUGGACACAGAAGACUUCUCUGGGCCCGAGCUGCCACCUCCGGCGACAGAGGUGACCUCCAGUGUCCAACAGAGGCAGAACGUGAAGGCUUCCAGCUCCAGCCCCAUGGAAGAGGCCAUCUCCCUGGCUACAGACACCCUCAAAAGGGCUCCUGGCACAGGGAGCUCCAACUGCCGCCUGUCAUCUGUGGAGGCCAACAAUCCGCUGGUGACCCAGCUAUUGCAGGGCAACCUGCCUUUGGAAAAAGUGUUGCCUCAGCCCAGACUGGGAGCCAAGCUGGAAAUUAACAGGCUCCCCCUGCCUCUUCCAACUACCUCAGUGGGCAAAGCGGCACCAGAGAGGGGUGUUGUCGAAAUGCCAUCCAGCUCGCCCAACCCAGAUGGUAAGGGCUACUUGGCAGGGACCUUGGCGCCACUCCAGAUGAGAAAGCGUGAGAACCACCCCAAAAAGAGAGUGGCCAGGACCGUCGGGGAACACACCCAAGUCAAAUGUGAACCAGGGAAACUGUUGGUGGAGCCAGAUGUCAAAGGGGUGCCCUGUGUCAUCAGCCCGGGCAUGAGCCAGCUGGGGCCUAGCCAGCCCUUCAAGCAAGAGUGGCCGAGCAAGCACGCCAUGCAGAACCGGCUGGCCCAGAGCCCCGAGGUCAAGCAGCAGAAGCGGCUGCUCCCCCCUUGCAGCUUCCAGCAGAACCUGUUCCAGGUGGACAAGAACGGCAGCUUCCAUGCCGACGCUGCUGCCGCACACAGACAGCAGUUUUACCAAAUGCCCAUGGUGCCCAGGGGCCCCCUGCCUCCAGCAGCGCUGUUACAGGCCUCCCCAAAGACCCCAGGCGGCUGCGCUGCCUUUGCUUUCAACAGGCAUCUGGACCAGAAGGGCCUGGGAGAGGUUGGUGUGUCUUCAGUGCCUCACCAGCUAAGGUUAGGCAACAUGCUAUCCCCCAAUCUCCCCAUCAAAGAAGGUGAUGAUGUGGGGGGCACUGCCCACCCCAUGCCGAGCAAAGCCUUAGUGCUUCCUCCACCUCCACCCCCACCCCCUCCUCCCACACUACCACCACCCUCGCCACCACCACCGCCACCGCCACCCCCCCCACCACCUCCACUACCUCCACCUCUUCCUAAUGCAGAAGGCCUGUCCGAGCAGAAACAGCCACCGGUUACCAUGGAAACCACAAAGCGACUCAGUUGGCCACAGUCUGCGGGCAUAUGUAGCAAUAUCAAAUCGGAACCUCUUUCUUUUGAGGAAGGCUUAAGCAGCAGCUGCGAACUGGGCAUGAAGCAAGUUUCCUAUGACCAGAAUGAAAUGAAAGAACAGCUAAAAGCAUUCGCCCUGAAAAACACGGAUUUCUCUUCCUAUUUGCUUUCUGAGCCACAAAAGCCUUUCCCCCAGUUAGCUGCUCAGAAGAUGCAGGUGCAGCCACAGCCACAACUCUGUGGAAGUUACCCCACAAUCCACUUUGGUAGCUCGAGCUUCAAAAGGGCAGCAUCAGCCAUUGAAAAGUCCAUCGGGAUUUUGGGCAGCGGCUCCAGCCCCGCGGCAGGCCUGCCUGGGCAGAAUGCCCCGCCGCCCGUGCAGAACUUUGCCGACAGCAGCAACGCGGACGAGUUGGAACUGAAGUGCUCUUGCCGGCUGAAAGCCAUGAUCGUGUGCAAAGGCUGUGGGGCCUUCUGCCACGACGACUGCAUAGGGCCUUCGAAGCUCUGUGUCGCUUGCCUGGUGGUACGAUAAGAGCGAAGCGAAAGAUGCAGUAUCCCUUUGGAGCGGGAGCAGGGCAAAGCCAGCCACAACCCCUGGAGUAGCCUGGUGUGUUCAGAUCCUGCAAAUGCCCUUUCCUUUGGAGCGCUUGAUCGUGAUCUUCGAUCCGUGGGGUUAUGAUUUCCAUGCAUUCUGUGUUGGGGUGGGCGGGGCCAUCCCCAACCAAACAGCUCGGCAGCAUGACAUUGACACGUGUAGUUGCCGUUCCCUCAGCUUAGGAAAGUUUCUAUCCAGGGGUAGACAGCUCCCUGCCCCCAGCCUUUUUUUUUCAAUUGCCUAGGUAUAGGUAGCAGUCCUUGGGUGGACUAAUGCUCUUGGCUGCUAAUCAAAAAAUUACAGGUACGAGUCCAGCCAGAGGGGCCUCCAUGGCCCUUGGCUGGUGGUUGUAGCAAGGGAGAGAGCAUUUUUAAUUCUUUUAUAAUCACCAGAAAUGCAGAGGCAGAAAGGGAAUGAGGAUUCUGCAUUCUGUGGUUUAGCCAUUGCCCCAAGAAUUUUCACCCUGGACUCUUCCGGACAUCCCUUUCCCAUGAUGAUUGCAGAGGGGAAUCUGAAUUACAUCGAUGAGAAUUAUUGUGAGUGUUCAUGCAUAUCACAGAUGGUACAGUAAAGGCGGCGUGCUAGUAGUGAGACCCCCUGCCAGGCUGCUUCUCCCCACUUUGCUUUUAAAGACCAUGGCAGACUAUCCAGGUGCCCUCUGGUUUUUACAAAUGCAGUGUAGUGAAAUGCAUCUUAUUAUACUCCAGAUCACAAUGUGGGCCUCAAGUUUAGUCAUCUGACACUAGCCCUUAGUCAUCUGGUCAUGUAAGACCCUUGGCCAGUGGAGGGUCAUAGGCCCAUUGGUGUUUUUAUGUUGUUUUUUUCCCUUAAGAGCAAGUGUGAAAAAGAAAUGCCUAAAAUGAAAAAGGAAACAUACAAUAGCAUAUGUACAAAAAAGCUAUAAGUAGAUUGAGAAUGUAAAUAUUGGGCCAUUUUGUUCAUUCUGAUAUACUUACUGGAUGUGGAAAUCGGGGUUGGGGAAUCAUAGCUUUUAUUGAUGAUGCCGGUUUGCAGAGAGGUUGGCCACUUCUCUCCCAGUGUCACUCACGAUGAAUGGGACGACAGAAGGCUAACAUGUUGACCUUCUUCUCCACCUAUUUCCCCCUCAUGAGGUACAGCCUCUCUAAAUGGAUUUGGCUCUGAAGUCACCCUUAUUUUAUUUUAUUUUGCCACGAGUCCAGUCAUUGCAUUGUUCAUAUUUGGAGGGGAGCGGAACUGCGUUUGGAAAAGGGAUACUGCAUCUUCGAGCUGUCAGUUUACCAGUAACGUCUGCGUGUUGAGAAUUUAGCGACUUUCCAUUUCCUUUGGCCACCAUCACAUUGGAGCACCGCCGCCAUCGUUCAGGAAGCUCUGUUCCCUAAAGCACGUUCAAAAGCACAUGCGCACUGUGGGAAGAAGAGCGUCGAACAAAAACCAUGCCCUUUUCACUGCAGAUUACAGAGCACAAAGUGUGGCCCACCCUGGCCCUUGGUCGAUUGUGGCUGUGGAAGAGGAGCAAAAGCAUGGGGGAAAUCACUUGUAUCCAGGGUAAGAAUGACCAGUACGUUCCACCUGGGAUCAUCUCGAUAACGGACCUUUUCAACAUUCCCUUAACGAUACGUCUUAAGGAUUAACUGGAAUGAGCAGAACUACAUUCCUGGGUAUGGGGGUGGGGGACUCGUGAUUUUUUUAUAUAUAUAUAUAAAAUUGUGAUAUGUGUUUUUCUCCAUAUUUAUUACUGUGAUGUUGCCAAAUUAUUUUAGGUGUUGAAGACAUCAUUUUUAUUAACAAAUUGCUGAUAUUGACAGGUACUUAAACAAAAGAAAAAUGAGAAAGGCUGGCCUCAGUGGUCCAGUUCGGUGCUCUAGAACUGCCAAUUCUGUUUUCUAGAUUGACAUUAAUAAAAAGAAAUUUACCACUAAGACAAUUUGCAAUGCACUUAACCAGUCCUGGCUAUGGAAUUGAGAAUACACUCCAGCAGGUCCUCCCUGAACGCUUUCUCUGUGCCAACCUGUACUUAAGAGGCAUCUUCUUGGCCAGCGUCUUUGUGGUUGGCAUGGCUGUGACGAUGUCCUGUUUCAAAAGAGCAUCUCUAGUCUGACAGUGCAGCGUCCCUAAAACGUAGACAUACGCAUGCCAAUUUUCCAAUGCCGUCACCACGAUACAAUGUCAGAUGCUAUCUUUACCAGCAGACUGAAAAAGACCCCAGGGUCGCUGACACAGUGAUGAGACAGACUGCAGUCUACAAAGCUGUGACACUGCCCGUGAGGCACCACUGAGGCUGGUCUGACCCUGAGCUUAGUGUCUGCUGUGCGAUUGUCCAGUGCUGCCUGCACAUUGCUCACUGGAGAUUAAGGAAAGUGUCCUCUGUGUUUUGCUUUUUCACACAAUAGACUUGGAGAACCAACUGGUGGUAGCAAAUGAAUUCGACCACCUAAGAAUGAAGAGAGCACUAUAAUACAAACAACCUUGUUCUGUGCCUGUGGUUGUUUUGGUUUUGUUUUUGGCUCAGUUCAGGUUCUUAAUGACCUUGUGUGGUCUCUAUUUUUUUGAAACAAUGCUUUCUUACUUUGGGGCUAAAUAAAAAACCAAAAUCAUAAAAUAAGAACAAAUUGAGAAGUAAAACAUGAGUCAGAUAUCUGCAUAGUAUAUACACACAGCCAGUAUAUUUGAAUUAGACUAGUAAAUUCCUAGUUUCCACAAAUGUCUGCUUAUGUGCAAAUGGAGUAUGUUAUUUGCUACAUGGUUAUUGUGGUAUAAUGUGCAAAUUUUAGCGUGUGCAUUGUCCUGGUUAUUAGACAUUAUGAUAGCCCUAUCAGGUAUAGGACUUGCACAUGUAACAUGUUUUUGUCCCCUCCACCUUCCCCCCACCCUCUUUUGUUUUGUUUUGUUUUGUUUUGAGUCUCAAAGGAUGUAUUUUUCUACAUAGCACUUUGGGAGCAGGGGAUGGAAGAAGACUGCUAUUCCUCACCCCCUCCUCUGUGAUAUGCAUAUGCCUGAGGUGUACAAAGACAUUUGGUAGUUCAUGAUGGGCAUGCUAAUAAGAAACAAUUCUGAUGCAAAUUCAUUUUCAAAUGGAAAAUGUUUCCUUCCCCAAAGUGAGAAUAGCAGAAAUGUUGGUGAACUGAGCACGUAGUGAUAAGUAAUUAUUACAUGUUGGGCCCACUUGCUGUUCCACAGGAGAAAGGUGAGACUUACUGCUCCCAUAAACUUUUACAGCCUCUGAAAACCCAAGGGGCCGUCCCACUCUGCCCUAAAGGGCCACGUGCGAGUCAGCAUUGACUCAAUGGCCGUGAGUUUGAUUUGGUUUUGGGGAGGUCUCAGUUCUAGUAAACAAACUAAAAACCUUGAAAAACUAUGACGUGUUCAGCCUUGUUCCUGUAAAGACUUGGUGGCGGUGGUUUCUGGGCGGAGCUACAGAGGAUAACGGAGUUGCCCCUCACGCGGUACAAAAGAAACGAACCGAAGCAACUGGUCCGCACGGUGCUUUCUACUGCAGUAAGAAUCGCAUAAUGCUGCAGCCCCCCGUUUUCUCAACAAACACUCUUGCACAAUUCCAAAAGAGGAAGUCCCUGUGGCCUGGGGUUUCCCAGUUCUUCCAGUGGAUGGUGAGGCCCGAAAAGCUUGAGUCCGAGCUGAAGGGCUGCAUCAUCUCCCAGCCUUGCACCAAGUCAGCCGCCCCGUGAGAAUCCCCCCCAAGCCUCUUGCAUGGGGCAGAGCGCAGUCAAGGUCCGUCUGUGUUUCCAGACAACAAUGUGAAAGAGCCCUGCAAAGGAACUCAUGUCCCUGUCCGGCUGUCCUAGCCCAAAGUCACUGCAGCUAAAACCGCGUCGUUGUCCUCAGUCCCCCCCAUGCCCUGUCACUGUCAAAAGAACAACACACAUUUUUACUAUAAUUUAAAAGAGCUGCUUUUUUAUAGCACAUACUCUUUCGCUUUGUACUAUAUUUGAUAGUCGCAGAAUCAUUUAGACGGUAGGGAAACUCUUGUAUUCGUACUGUUCAUGAAUGCUUCAAAGGAAGUGCUUU